UGCUUAAUUGCUUUGUGUGCAAGAGUAUUUGCUAGAUUUAAGCAAUAUAGUGCAGUCUUAACAUUUCAUCUGUCCAGCUUGAAAAGAGGCCAACUGUCCCGAAGAACUAAGCCAAGUUAGCAAGCUAACAGUGAAGCUUCCAUAGAUGGAAUAGAACCUGCUGCUAGCUACAAGUUAGCUGCCACUUUGGUGAUUCACAUAGGCCAAAAGAUAAUUUUGAUUAAAAAUUAGGUAGCAUUAGGAUGGCAAAUUAUCUGUAACGCGUAGCAAUUCACCAGAGGUUAAGUUGACAAGUACAAUAGCCCUUUACAUAAGAGAUGGCUGCAAUCAGAAAGAAACUAGUGAUAGUUGGUGAUGGAGCUUGUGGCAAAACCUGUCUGCUCAUAGUGUUCAGCAAAGAUCAGUUCCCUGAGGUUUAUGUUCCCACUGUGUUUGAAAACUACGUGGCAGAUAUUGAAGUGGAUGGUAAACAGGUGGAGCUGGCUCUUUGGGACACAGCAGGUCAGGAGGACUACGACCGACUGAGGCCUCUGUCCUAUCCAGACACAGAUGUCAUCCUCAUGUGUUUUUCCAUUGACAGCCCUGACAGUUUAGAGAAUAUUCCAGAGAAGUGGACUCCUGAGGUCAAGCACUUCUGUCCCAAUGUGCCCAUUAUUCUUGUGGGAAACAAAAAAGACCUGCGAAAUGAUGAGCACACACGACGAGAGUUAGCUAAGAUGAAACAGGAACCAGUGAAGUCAGAUGAAGCGAGGGACAUGGCUAACCGGAUCAAUGCCUUUGGUUACUUGGAGUGCUCGGCUAAGACUAAGGAUGGUGUGAGGGAGGUAUUUGAGAUGGCCACCAGGGCAGCGCUGCAGGCCAAAAGACGGGGCAAGAAGAGCGGCUGUUGCCUUCUAUAGAGUGUCAGGUUACACAGGAUUGGGAGGGAAUGGAGAAAUAAACAAGGCCAAAAAAAAA